AUGAUCGCGCCUGCAUCAGCGGUACACUCUAUGUCUGUGAAUUUGCUGGGCACUAAUGAUAUAUUUAUGGAAACCUCGACUAAGGGUGAUCCCACUGGAGAUGUCGUCGCAAGAGGAAUCGUCAGUGAGGAGCUUGCUCGUAUCAUGUAUGAGAGGUUUACGGGAGGAUCGAAAAAUUUCUUGCCUCUUUUUGAUCCGAUUAGAGAUACAUUCGAUUCUGUCCGUUCAAGGUCCUUGUUUUGCUUUACAGUGAUUAUCUACCUGGCUAGUCGCGCAGUAACAGAUUUACGUGGAGACACGCAUAUGCAGCGUGUUCUACAAGACGAGGCACAACGUUUGGCCGAAGACAGCUUCUUCGAGCGACCUACCAAACUAGAAACAGUCCAAGGAAUGAUUCUUCUAGCUGCCUACUCCGAAAAAACAUGGUUCUCCAUUGCCCUCAUUCUUCGCACUGCCUUGGAUUCUGGAUUGGAGAAAUCUUUGGACACUUUGCUCUCCCAAGAGAAUGUACCCCGAAGUUCGCUUUCGGCUUCCAUGGCUGAACGUGAAUUGGUAUGGCAGACAAGAACCUGGUUAAUCAGUUUCACAUUGGAGUUGGACGUCGCAUCUGGUACAGGACGCAAAUCACGCAUUGGCGAGGUAGACGUGGUAAAACUGCGCAGAUUCCUCGACUAUCCUCUCUCUCUUCCCUGUGAUAUGCGUACUGUGUGUAUCAUUGAGCUUCAUCAACUUCGAGGUAAUUCUCGUAUCAUUAUUGAUAAUACUUCAACUAUUGGCGAUAUUAUGUCCACGGAACUACCGGCCAUUAUGACGAGACUGCAAAAUUGGUGGACGACGUGGGAUGAAAUUCAUGGAAGAGCCUUUCAACGCAGCAGCCUCAAGAACAUGCUUAAUUAUGCUAGGAUUUUUGUUUUCUGUGCUUCUCUGGCACGGAUUCAAAAGUUACAACCGACGUACACGAAUUCAAGUACCGAAAUCCUCGAUCAGGAUGUGAUGAAUCUGUGGCAGUCCCUUGUGGCAACCAUCAUGGAACAAUUAGGUAUUUUGAUCAACGAGCCAUCCUAUCGCUGUCAAUUACCGUGGGCACCAACAUAUCCAGCCCUCACAAUCGCUUUCGUCACGACAUUCGCUCUUCGGAUCGCCAGAUGGCGUCCGAAUCUGAUCAAUCAAAGUCUUUUGCUUGAAAGAGCAGAGAAGAUCUGUGAUUUCCUCAAACAACCCCCGUAUCCCGAUAUUCACCGGACUGUUUCCAUCUUCGUGAACUAUGCACGUGCCUUGAUUGCCAGUCAGCGUCCGCAAAGCAGUCAUAGUACAGAUUUACCCCUCAUGGAUGAUCAAAAUGAGGGCCCACCAUUCGAGAGAGCUGAUAAUCCCAUGAUAAACGGCCCGUCUUCAUCGGGAAUGGGUCCCCUCGAUGAUCUCCGCUACAGAACUGGCCCGACCAUUCAGGCAGAUAAAGAUUCAAACAUGGUCUCAAUGCCAAGCGGUGACCCAUCUGUAAUGGCCAGAGCGCCCGUAUCUCGGCUAUCCGGCACGAUGGAGGCACCGAACUGGACUGUGUCGAAUUCUAUUGCAGAUUCCUUUGGUCUGUUCGAGGAGGGGCAGAAUGAUAUAUUCGACUUCUUGCCUAUGAUGCCAUCAAUACCACAGUAA